AUGUAUCCUCAACACCCGAACGAUCAACCAGAACAAAGACGGAGUAACAGACGGAACCCUCCCCAAAAUCGAACAUCUCCACUUCCUAUCGAACACCUCCACCCCCCGUGGAACCCUCAUUUGGGAGCCCAACAAUGGCCUGCUCAAAGCCAAAUAGUAGCACCAAAUAUGCACCAGCAUCCUCGAAACCCGAACGAUCAACCAGGACAAGGGGACCAAUGGGCACUGCCAAAUGUACAACAACCGAUGGCUAACAUGGAUCCUCGGAACCCCGACACUCAACCUGGAGGAAUGGAACAAAACCAACCUGAUGGAUUCCCAAAUCCUCAACACUCAUUUCUUCGAGAACUUCACAUGCAACCUUAUCAACCGGAAACUGUUCCUGGAGAAUAUCAACCACAAAAUAUGGCGCCUGACUAUCAGUUUCCCCCACAGAAUCCACUUAUUCACCAGGCUCCAGCGACUAGUGUUGGUGGACCAGUAAGAUUUCCCCCAGGAACCGGGCCGAUGGGUCAACACCCUGGACAACGUCAGCUGAGUCCAUACUUUCCUCAAGGCAAUCCACCAACUGUCAACUCGCGGAGAGGCAAUAGGCCGACAGGAAGAAGACAACCUCAGAUGCCUGAUACUUCCGGUCCUUUCCAAGGACAACCCAGUUUGACAGGCCAGCCUGAGCACACUGCCAAUUUUCACACAUGGCCAGAAGCUCAGCGGCAGGUUUCUCAACAGAUGUUCUCAGCACCUUUUCCUCAGACCCCACCGCACCAUGAUGUUCACGGGGAAAAUUAUCCACAAUACCGGACGUCUCCAAGUUCUGAGGAGCUAAUCCCCGGUUUACCAAAGCACUAUUUAAUAACUGAAGAGAAAGCUCUCGAGAUAUUGAAGAAGCGUAUCGUUGGGAAAAUUGAUCCGUUGAAGCUCAAGAAAGAGGUCUCAGAGUUCGCAGAGUUUAAACUAUCGAAACAAUUGAAAGGACAGCUUACUCGAAAUGUCCUUAAUAGUAAUAAAAACUUUGGAACUAUAAUGAACAAUGCUAAAGAUUUCGACUUGAUGUCAGAAGAGUACAAAGAGAUAUACAAGAGAAUGCACAAUUGGUGGCAUAAUACCGAAGAUGUUAAAUUAAGAAUUGUGUCUGUGGUUCCCGACAUUGAACAAAACAGGCCGAACCGUUAUUAA